GCGGCCGGGCCCGCGGCUGGGCUGGAGCCUCCUGGCGCCCGGUUUCAGUUUCUAUCGGAGCGCAGGGCGCGGGGCGCGGAGGGUGCUCAGGGCGCGGAGCGCGGAGGCCUGCCUGUCCCCCAGCUCAUCAGCAGCCCCGGAGGCGCUGGAAGACGGAGUCCGGACCUGAGUCCCGGGCAGGCUCAAGGCCACAUCUUGAUCCUCGGAGCCCUGAGUGGAGUGAGCCUCUGGGGACACCGGGAAAGACGUCAGCAGGGCGUCGUGCCUCCAGCUGGACAUGCCACUCGCGAAGCUGAUUGGACCCUACUCAGAUGCUGCCUGAAGCUGGCCCCUGGUAUGGACUGUCUCCACGGACACCCUAGAGCGUCUAGGAUGAACCAGGAAGCCAAGGCCAGCUCCUCAUGGACCCCAUUAGCUUCAAGCUGGGCACCAAGAACCAGUGGGGUGAGCUCGUGAGUCUGCUCAGCGAUCACCCAGAAUGGCUGAAUGCCAAGGUGAAGUUCUUCCUCCCCAACAUGGACCUGGGCUCCAGGGCCGAGGGCCCAGGCCCCGCACAGAGGGUCCUCCUACAGCUCAGGGAGCUGCGCAGCCAGGGCCGGGUCACCUGGAGGGCGUUCAUCCACUGCGUGUGCAUGGAGCUGGAUGUGCCCCUGGAGCUGGAGGUGCGGCUGAUGAGCACCUGGGGCCACGGAGACGGGUUUCCUGGUCCUCCGGAAAUGGGUGCAGAAAGCCAGCCUGAACCUCAGCUCCCCCUGGGCCUCAAGCGGCCUCACCAGAGCUGCGGGUCCUCGCCCCGCAGGAAGCAGCUCAGGAGGCAGCAGUUCGAACUGGCCAGGAGGUACCUAGAGCAGCUGAAGACCUGGGCCCAGCAGCGCCAUGGCGGCCAGCUCCCGGGGCCAGGGCAGCCCCUCGCCUUCCCCGAGGCCUACGUGCCCCCCAUCCUGCAGUGGAGCCGGGCCACGGCGCCUUUCCGCGCUCGGGAGGGCGCAGAGGACGGCGCGGACGUGAGGCUCCAGGACCUCUUUGGCCCCGGGGCCGGGGACAGGGGCCCGCGGGUGAUGGUGCUUCUGGGGAAGGCGGGCACGGGCAAGACCACGCUGGCCCGCUGGCUGUGCCAGAGGUGGGCCGCCGGCCAGCUGGACCGCUUCCUGGCCCUGUUCCUGUUCGAGUUCCGCCAGCUCAACCUGCUGGCCGAGGCCCCGACGCUGCCCCAGCUCCUCUUCCACCUGGGCCUCCGUCCCGAGGAGGACCCUGACGCCGUCCUGCAGUUCCUGGAGUGGAGCGCCAAGCAGGUCCUGCUCGUCUUCGACGGGCUGGACGAGGCCCUCCACCCCGACCCCCGCCCCGGGGCGCCCGGCCCGGCCCUCGCCCUCUUCUCCGGCCUGUGCCGGGGGGCCCUCCUGCCCGGCUGCAGGGUCCUGGCCACCUCGCGGCCGGGGAAGCUGCCGGACUGCCUGCCCGCCGAGGCCGCCACCGUCCACCUGUGGGGCUUCGACGGGCCGCGGGUGGAGGAGUACGUGGGCCGCUUCUUCGGCGACCGGCCGGCCCGGGAGGCGGCCCUGGCGGAGCUGCGGGCCAACGGGCACCUCCGGAGCAUGUGCGCGGUGCCCGCCCUGUGCCGCAUCGCCUGCCUCUGCCUCCGCCACCUGCUCCCGGGCAUGUCUCCGGGUCAGUCGGCGGCCCUCCUGCCCACCGUGACUCAGACCUACGUGCAGAUGGUGCUCGCCCUGAGCCCCCGCGGGCACUGGACCCCCGAGGCCCUGAGGGGCCUGGGGAAGGUGGCCCUGGGCGGGCUGGAGGCCGGGAAGGUGAUCUUCUCUGCCACGGACAUCCCUCCCUCCGUGAUGGCCCUCGGGGCCGCCCUGGGCCUGCUGACCUCCUUCGGCGCCUGCACGGGCCCCGGGCAGCGGGAGACGGGCUACGCCUUCACCCACCUCAGCCUGCAGGAGUUCCUGGCUGCCCUGCACCUGAUGGCCAGUCCCACGGUGGACGAAGACACGCUCGCCCGCCACGUCACCCUCCAUUCCCGCUGGGUGCUGCGGACCAAAGCCAGGCUGGGCCUCUGGGACCACCUCCCCGCCUUCCUGGCGGGCCUGGCAUCCCCCGCCUGCCAUCCCUUCCUCGCGCAGCUGGCGGAGCAGGGCGAGGGGUGGGUGCGCGCCAAGCAGGCCACGGUCCUCCAGGCGCUGAGGAGGCUGGCCACGCGCAGGCACACGGGGCCGAAGGUGGUGGAGCUGUGCCACUGUGUGGGCGAGACGCAGGAGCCCGAGCUGGCCAGCCUCGUGGCCCGGAGCUUCCCCGGCCAGCUGUCCUUCCAUAACUUCCUGCUGAGCUACGCCGACCUGGCCGCCCUGACCAACGUCCUGGGGCACCGGGAGGCCCCCAUCCACCUGGAGUUCGAGGGCUGCCCGCUGGAGCCCCGCUGCCCGGAGGCCCUGGCCGGCUGUGGGCAGGUGGAGAGCCUCAGCUUUAAGAGCAGGAAGUGUGGGGACGCCUUCGCAGAAGCCCUCUCCAGGAGCUUGCCGACAAUGGGGAGCCUGAAGAAGCUGGGGUUAGCCGGAAGUAAGAUCACUGCCCAAGGCAUCUGCCAGCUGGUGCAGGCUUUGCCCCUGUGCCCACACCUGGAAGAAGUCAGCUUUCAGGACAACCAGCUCAAGCACGAGGAGCUGCUGAACAUCAUGGAGGUCCUCCCUCGCCUGCCGAGGCUCCGGAAGCUUGAUCUGAGCCACAACAAGGUCUCCAUGACGACCCAGCUCAGCUUGACCAAGAUGGCAGUCACGUGCCCGACUAUCAGGACGCUGCAAGUCAGGGAGGCGGACCUCAUCAUCCUUCUCUCCCCGCCCCCCGAGACAGCGGCAGAGGAGCGACCUGGAUCCCCAGACGCACGGGGAGACGCCAGCCAGAAGGAGGCUCAGCCCAGAAGCCUGGCCCUCAGGCUGCCGAAGUGCCGGCUCACCGUCCAAGACGUGGAGGUGCUCAUAGCCCAGCUCCAGGAGGGCCCCCGUCUGGAGGAAGUGGACCUCUCAGGGAACCAGCUGAAGGACGAAGGCUGCCGCCUGGUGGCAGAGGCUGCCCCUCAGCUGCGCAUCACCGGGAAGCUCGACCUCAGCGACAACGGGCUCUCGCUGGCGGGGCUGCCCUGUGUGCUGAGGGCAGUGGGCACGUGCCGGAGCCUGGCAGACCUGCACAUCAGCCUCCUGCACAAAACUGUGGUCCUCACGUUUACGUCCGAGCUGGAGGAGCAGGAGGAGACGCAGGAGAGGGCUGCAUUUCUCGACAGCCUCAUGCUCCAGACGUCCUCUGAGCUGCCCCCGUGCUCCCCGAGGAUCAGGCUGACUCACUGCGGUCUGCAAGCUGAGCACCUGGAGCAGCUCUGCAAGGCCUUGGAAGGAAGCUGCUGCCCAGGCCACCUCGACUUGUCAAGGAAUGCUCUGGGGGACGAGGGUGCUGCCCAGCUGCCUCUGUGGCUACCCGCACUGGGCCCUCUGCAGUCCUUGGACCUCAGUGAGAACGGCCUCUCCCUGGACGCUGCGCUCAGCUUGGCCCGGUGUUUCUCCGAGCUGCCCUGGCUCCUCCAGCUGGACAUCAGCUUCGAGAGCCAGCACAUCAUCCUGAGAGGCGGCAGAAGAGCCAGGCACCCGCCGGCCGGCAGCCCUCCGCCAGAGUGCCCCGCCCAAGGCCGGCCCUCGGGGUUCGGCCAGCGCUGCGUCCCCCGGAGCUUCUGCCUCAGCGAGUGUGGCCUGGAGCCCCCGAACCUCACCUGCCUCUGCGAGGCUCUGGAGAAGUGCCCGGGGCCGCUGGAAGUCAGGUUGUCCCGCGUGGUGCUGAGCGACCAGAGCCUGGACACCCUGCUGAGGCACCUGCCCUGGCUCCCCCAGCUGCGCCUCCUGCAGCUGAGCCAGACGCCUCUGCCGCCGAGGAGCCCCUUCCUGCUGGCCAACCUCCUCAGCCUGUGCCCACACGUGGAGAAGGUGGCUCUCAGGUCUUUCCAGGAGGCCACCCUGCACUUCAAGUCCAGCGAGGAGCAGAGAGGCGGGCGCUGCGGCAGGUUCACGGGCUGCGGCCUCAGCCAGAUGCACGUGGAGCACCUGUGUGAGCUGCUGAGGAAGUGUGAGGACCUUGGCCAGCUGGACCUCUCCGCCAACCAGCUGGGGGACGGCGGGCUCAGGAGCUUGCUGAUGUGCCUGCCUCGGUUGCCCAUCUCGGGUUCUCUUGACCUGAGUGGCAACAGCAUCUCUCCGGAAGGUGCCCUGUGCCUGGUGGAGACCCUGCCUUCCUGCCCACGAAUCCGGGAGGCCUCCGUGGACCUGGGCUCCCAGCAGAGCUUCCGGAUUCACCUCUCCCGGCAGGAGGAGACCAGGAAGACCUUGAGGCUGCGGGAGUGCAGCUUCAGACCAGAGCACAUGGCCAGACUGGCCUUUGGCCUGGGCCAGGCCCCGCACCUGACGGAGCUCACGCUGAGCCGCUGCGGCCUGGGCCUGCAGGACCUGACCCACCUCCUGUUUCUGCUGCCGCCGCCCGAGGGGCUGCUCCGGCUCAGGGUGGAGGAGCCGUGGAUGGGCCGAGUCGGGCUGCUCACCCUGCUGGAUGUCUGCGCCCAGGCCCUGGGCAAUGUCACCGAGAUCAGCAUCUCCGAGAGCCAGCAGCAGCUCUGUCUCCAGCUGCGGUUUCCUCCUCAGGAGAACCCCGAUGCCAUGGCCCACAGGUUGGCUCUCUGUGUCCUUGAGACCCACCACAGCCUCCUUGCCAGGCAGCUGAUGGAAGCGUGCAUUUGGCUGCAGCAGCUCAGCUUGUCCCAGGUGAACCUGUGCCGCACCAGCUGCCUGCUGCUGCGAAGCUUCCUGCCAGCCCUCUCGGAGCUGAAGACCUUCCGGCUGGCCUCCAGCUGUGUGAGUUCCGAGGGCCUGGCCCCCCUGGCGUCUGCUCUGAGCCUGUGUGACCACCUGGAGGAGCUGGACUUGUCUAACAAUCAGCUCGGCGAGGCAGCCACCCAGGUGCUGAUGGCCCUCAAAUGCAAGAGCAGGCUGAAGAGGCUGGACCUCAGCCACUUCCCCCUGGACGACUCCACGCUGGCCGUGCUCACACGAGAACUGCGCUGCAUGACCCGCCUGCAGAGCCUCUGCCUGAGCCACAACCAGAUGGGAGACAAGGGUGCCCGGCACUUGGCCGCCGUCCUGCCCCGGCUGCCUGAGCUCCGGAGGAUAGACCUCUCAGCGAAUGGCAUCGGCCGGGCUGGGGGAGUGCGGCUGGUGAAGUCCCUUGCCCUCUGCAAGCACCUGGAGGAGCUGCUGCUCAGCUGCAACGCCAUGGGGGACCUCAUCACCCUGAAGCUGACCCUGGGGCUGGCCCAGCGCCUCAGAGUCCUGCACCUGCGGUCCAGCCGUCUGGGCCCAGCGGAGGCGCUGAGCCUGGGCCUGGCCCUGGAUGGAUGCCCACGUUUGGAAGAGAUCAGCUUGGCAGAGAACAGCCUGGCCGGACAGGUCCUCCACUUCCAUCAGGGGCUCCCGCUGCUGAGGCAGAUAGACCUGGUUUCCUGUGAGAUCGACGACCAGGCUGCCCAGCUCCUCAUCGCCAGCUUCGCGCUCUGCCCGGCCCUGGAAGAAAUCCUGCUGUCCUGGAACCUGCUGGGGGACGAGGCGGCUGCCAAACUGGCCCAGGUCCUGCCUCGGCUGCAGCGGCUGAAGAGUGUGGACCUGGAGAAGAAUCGGAUCACAGCGUAUGGAGCCUGGCUCCUGGCUGAAGGGCUGGCGGAGAACGCCGGCAUCCACGUCAUCCGCCUCUGGAAUAACCGCAUCCCCCCGGACGUGGCCCGGCACCUGCAGAGCCGGGAGCCCCGGCUGGACUUCGCUUUCUUCCCCAGCGAGCGGCCGGCGCCUGCGGGGACCUGAGGGCCACCUCAUCCCCUUUGAAUCCAGCCACGUGACGCCAUGCCUGCCCCCGCCUGGAUGGGGGCUCAGGAGGAGCCUCAGCGGGCGCCCCUGUCCCUGCCCCAGGACGGGGGGGAGGGGAGGACACACGUGUCCUGCGACAGCCUUCAGGGAGGACUUUGUGAGAACCGAGAGCCUCGUGUGGCCCUGAGACGACCUUGCAUUCCAUGUGGCAUGCGUGACCGGUAGGGACAUGUGGCAUCAUGAGUGUGUCAUGUGAUGUAUGACACAGAAGGUCACCUAUGGCAGAGUUCCAUGUGACAUUACACGGAACUUGCCGUGUGGCCUGUGGCUCAGGGUCAGGGGUCCUAGCACUACACGUGAUAGGGAUUGGUGGUUCAUAUAAAACACAUGACACACGUCCAUGUCCUAUAGGACACGUGGCUGGCCCGAUGCCCUUGGGCUGGUCCAAGAUCUAAGUUAUUACUUUUUAAAAAAAAACAAGCGUGUAUUUAUAGAUGGCACUUCCAGAGCAGCUAAGUAAGCCAGAGCCCGUCUUCCACCCGGGACUGGAGCGAGGCGAGUGUCUGAGCACUGACCGGCCCUGUGAACCGAGACAGGGUCUUCAGGGGAGCCCCCUCCUGCCUCAGGUCUUAGCUUCCCCAUCUGUAGACGGGUGACUCCUCCCCUUCAGUGCUGACCUCCGGGGGGGAGCCAGCUUGGCCUGUGGAUGGAGGGGGCCCAGUCUGUCCUGCGUAAGGGACAAAGCCAGGCCUAGGGUAACGAGGCGAGGCCAUGGGGUCCGGCCACUACCUCCGGGACACCCGGGGAGCUCCUCGGGGCCGCACAUGUUACACGGUGCUCCUGUUACUCCCCAGAGGGCGCCAGGGCGGCCCCAAGACCCUCUAAGCCACGUGUGACCAAUAAACGGGACGGCCUCCCA